UCAAUUCGACACAAAUAAAAAUGGUGGUUCAAUAGAUUAGAUUUCUCUGAACAUAAUUGUUACUUGCAAUACGUUACAUACAUUUUUUAAACAGUUUAAAAGUACCAAACAACGUUUAUUUUAUGUGUAAUAAUGUAAAUAAAUAAUUGUCGCAAUUAAACAGUGCGAGAACGAAAGCAGAGUUUGACAAAUAACAGGUUGUUGGAGACACCGAUUUCGCUUCAGUUUUAUGUGUAAAGUGUUGUUUUUUACUUUUAUAAGUGGUUUUCGAGUGGCAAUUUUCUUAUGUUUCAUAAAGUGGACAUUUAGAAUUCGUUUCAAUAAAGCAAUAAACAAAGAAAUCCGUAGAAACGCUCUUACAGAUGACGAUAACCAUAUAAAAAUAGAAAUCCAUAAUGUCUAGAUGUUCACAAAAAAAUGUGAGAUGUCUGGUCAGUGGCAUUCGAGCAGAGAAGAUUUCUGGAGAUUGAUUUACACAGUACAGGUUGUACAAUGACACAGGAUGGCUGAGAACUAUAGAUACAUAGUGCAGGUGUUUGUUGGAGCACUCUCGGCACAAUAUGAGGCACUGUCAGUGGAAGCCUCCAAACAAACAAGCUCCGAAGAGAUAGUGUGCUGCAUUGCAGAUAAACUAAACCUAAAUAAUGGCUCAGGAGGACCAUAUGAGCUGGCAGAGGUUGUGGGUGAUGUAGUCAGCGGCGAGUGCAAGGAGAGGCGGCUUGCACCUGAUGAAUCUCCCGUUGGUGUCAUGUUACUGUGGCCUAACAACAACUCCGAGCAAUACUAUAGGUUCUAUUUGCGCGAGAAAAUACCGGACGAGCCAUGGAUGGAAAAUUUCUCAGUGGAUCCGCAGCUGAUAAAGGAUUACUUCCAGAGGUUCCUCUACCAGCCGAAGGACCGCGAGUAUCCUGACCUCUGCCAGUUGCCGGAGCUCAAUGAACAGACUCUGCUGAAUAACCUGAGGGCGAGGUUUGCGGCUGGCUAUAUCUACACAUACGUCGGCUCCAUCCUUAUAGCCCUUAACCCGUUCAAGUUCUACCCCAUCUACAACCCCAAAUAUGUCAAGCUGUAUCAGAACAAGAGAAUAGGAUCAACCCUCCCUCCACAUAUAUUUGCAGUAGCAGAUGCAGCAUACCAUUCUAUGCUGCGCGAGCGAACAAAUCAAUGUAUAGUGAUUAGUGGUGAAAGUGGUUCCGGAAAAACAGAGAGCACCAAUUUCCUAUUGCAUCACUUAACAGCUCUCAGUCAGAAAGGAUCACACGGGAGUGGAGUUGAACAGACAAUAUUGAGUGCUGGUCCCGUCCUAGAAGCAUUUGGUAAUGCAAAGACUGCCCACAAUAAUAAUUCCAGUAGGUUCGGCAAAUUCAUACAAGUAAAUUAUAAGGAAAAUGGAAUGGUCCAUGGUGCUGUAGUACAGAAAUAUCUUUUGGAAAAAUCGAGAAUUUGCAGCCAAGGUCGGAACGAGAGAAACUAUCACGUGUUCUAUUAUUUGUUGGCUGGUGCAUCAGAGCAGGAGAAAGAACAGUUGCAUUUGCUUAGUGUGGACAAAUACAACUACUUGUCGCGGACUGGUUGCAGUGUGGUUCCGGGUGUGGACGAGCAGUAUGAGUUCUCGAGGCUGAAGCAAUCUAUGGACAUGGUGGGAUUCACCAUGGACAAACGCCGCAGACUUUUUGCAGUGUUAUCAGCUGUUUUAUUAUUGGGCAACGUGGAGUUCCAGCCAAGAAAGUCUUACCAUCACGACGAGGCAGUGGGCGUGAGGAACCCUGAAGUGGUCUCCCUGAUAUCCUCGCUGCUGCACGUCAAACAGGAGACUCUGUUGGCGGCACUCACGUCUAAACGCGCUAGGGCUUCGGGGGAGACCCUGGUUAUCAACUACAGAUUACCAGAAGCAAUAGCGACUAGAGACGCCAUGGCUAAAUGCCUAUAUGGUGCACUAUUCGACUGGAUCGUAAUGCAGGUGAACCAUGCACUGUUGUCUAAAAAGGACACGCUGCGGGAGCAUCAAGGACACAGCAUUGGUGUUUUAGACAUAUUCGGCUUCGAGGACUUCGGGCCGUCGAACAGCUUCGAGCAGCUCUGCAUCAACUACGCAAACGAGCACCUGCAGUAUUACUUCAACCAGCACGUGUUCAAGUACGAACAAGAAGAGUACAGACGCGAGGGAAUCCGAUGGACGGAUAUAGGGUUUUCGGAUAAUACGCAGUGUUUGCAGCUUAUCGAGGGCAAGCCUAGUGGGCUGCUGUGCUUGUUGGACGAUCAAUGCAAUUUCCCCUGGGCGACGAACGAAACCCUACUCCAGAAAUUCAACUCUGUGCAUGAGGACAACCAGUUCUAUGAGAAACCACAGCGCAGGGAGCCCGCCUUCGUCGUCAAGCACUAUGCUGGCAGGGUCAAAUACCAGGUGACAGCGAUGAGGGAAAAAAAUUUAGAUCUGAUGCGGCAAGAUAUAGUGAGCGUGUUGAAGAAUUCUUCGCUGGCGUUCGUGCGAGAGUUGGUCGGCGUCGACCCCGUCGCGGUCUUCCGGUGGGCCAUCGUGCGGGCAUUCUUUAGGGGAUAUUUCGCAUUCCACGAAGCAGGCAGAAAGCAUAGAGUCCACAGAACGGACGGAGCUUUGAGAGUGUCUCGCGCCUCUAUUCACGCGCCUAAUGACAGCAUAAUCAGCCAACUGGUGACAGUAUCGUCAAUCAAUCUCGCAAUCAACCGCAUUGCAACGCCCAAUAGAACGCCGGCAAAGGUCGGGCUGAAUCGCGCGGAGGUUAAGCAGCGAGUGGAUAGCGCGCGCGCCGAUGGGAAGACAAAGAAUUAUAGGAUAGCGGAGACGCGCACGCGCAGGGUGGAGCGGGAGUUCGACGACGCGGACGUCAUGCAGCGCGCCAGCCAGAUCGUUAUGAAGAACAAGUCGUUCAGGCCCCGCGAGCGGGCCAAGAAGGGGCUGAAGAACCUGCAAAGCGUAAAGACCUUGGCGGGGCGCACCGCCGCGCCCACGGGCAAGCGGAAACAGCCGCUCACUGUCGCUGCGCAAUUUCAGCAUUCCUUGGCGGCACUUAUGGAAACGCUCAACCAAGCUAACCCGUUUUUUAUAAGAUGUAUAAAAUCGAACAGCGAUAAGAUACCGAACGUGUUCGACGAAGAGACCGUCCAGCGUCAGUUGCGGUACACCGGCAUGCUGGAGACGGUGCGCAUCCGGCAGGCCGGCUACAACGUGCGGCUCACGUACGAGGAGUUCAUACAGCUGUACCGCAUCCUGCUGCCCAAGGGGCUGCUCAGCUCGCAGGCCGACGUCAGGCAUUUCUUGGCCACCUUGAAUUUGGACAGGGAUAACUAUCAAUUAGGUGCGACAAAGAUCUUCAUGCGCGAAAGCGAGCAGACCAAACUGGAAUACCGGCUUCACCAGCAGAUUAUGGCGUCGAUCAUCGCCAUCCAGCGCUGGUUCCGCGCCGUGCUCGAGCGGCGCCGCUUUCUGGCGUUGCGGCGCGCCUCUCGCGUCUUACAGGGUUAUUGCAGACAAUGGCUGGUGGCUCGCGUGGAAGCGGCUACGAAAGUUCAAGCGUGGUUUCGCGGCAAUCGCGUGCGCAGAUGGUACUUGAAGCUAAAGAAAGGCAUUGUGGGCUUCCAAGCCGCCGCCAAAGGCUAUUUACUCCGAAAAACUUUACCUGCCCUUCGGAGACCGCGCAGAAUACUCGACAAAAACGACCAUGACAAUAAGGCGGGCGACGAGCACGAAGACGAUACCAACCGCGCGCCAAGCCUCGAAGAGCUCAAGAACAUUAUAGAUACGCAACUGGAUAUGCUCAUCAACCGAGGAGUGGAGAACAUGAGACAGUUGAGAGCUACACAAUCAUUACCCAUAGCCAGUUUGGAAAAGAAGCGAGACACAUUUGUUCCUCCUGCAGCGGCGUUCGAAAACAAAAACGUAACCAACGCACAGGUCACAGAUAUCACGGCCGUUAACAAAAGUAAAAUCCAAAAAGAGGAAAGAAAGAAGAAAAAAGAAGUGAAAUCUUUCUUAGACAUCGGGCGAUGGAACGCUGAAGGCGUGGCCGUCCCCAACAAGAUCACUCCUGCCGACCUCGCGGAUGAGCUGCUGUGGCUGCGGUUGGACCAGAACAUAUUGGCCAGCAAGACGAAAACAAAUGACAAGAAUAUCGAAUUAGUAGAUGUAACGGAAAGGAUAAAUAACUGUAGUUCGGGAGACAGCUCGGACACAAAUAAAAGUACAGGGUCAAGACGCAGCUCGCCGCAGGUGUACCAGCGCAGCCUGUCCAGCACCACGCUGCAGCCGCCCGCGCUGCUCAGUCUGCCGCCCGUGCGCCGCGACCCCCGACCCGACCACAAGGCACAACCAGUGGUGUCGACGGGCGUGCGCCUGCGGCCAGCGGAGACGUGUCCGCCGCCCGCGCCGCCCGCGCGCGCCUCGCGCCGCCCGCCGCGCCUCGCUCUGGACGCUCUGGACGCUCUGGACGCUGCCGUGUCUGUGGCCGACCAUAGAGACGGCAAGAGACACCCUGCUAGAACAUCAUCAGAGUUGAUGGCGCCACUACUAGAAACGUCAUCUGUAUCGGCGCCGAUAUCGGACGCGGCGUGCGGCGCGGGGCUGCAGCGGUCGGGUAGGGGCCCGGCGCCGGCGCUGCGCCGCCGCAACUCCGACCCCGCGCCCGCCCCCGCCGAGCCCCGCGCGCCCGACCCCAGGUCCACUGACUUCAUCGGGACCACUACUAAUGGACUCUUCCGUAUCGCUGGACACAGGUUUCGCAAAGGCACGCGGUUCUCUAAAGACGACAAAUGCGUGUACUGCCACGAGGCGAUCGACGCCUUCAUCACACAAGGGCAGCGCUGCAUCGACUGCAAACAGUUAUACCACACCAAGUGCAUUCAGAACAAGGGCGUCAUCACCAUGCCUUGCACCAGUCCGGUCGUGGCCAACGCCAAGACUCGCCCGAGGAACAGGAAGAGGAUUAUCAUGAAGGAGCCCUAUAACAUGCUGGGGGAUCAGGCCAAAGGUUCAGUAACGUCGAACUUCAACCUAACCGGCACCUCGGAGUUCAUGGACCGCACGGACAAAAUCAUAUCGGACGCGACUGAGCUGCAGGCGAUGCAGAACUUUAUCACUAAGAAGAUCUAUCAGAUGGGGCUGUCUGAUAACGAGAAACAGUCCGAGGUCGACAGGGUAUUCAAGCACGCACUAAGCGAGUUCAAAGACAACCUCGUGGCUACAUACAGCGUGGUCGAAACAAGGGGCUCUGCGCUCAAAUACAAAGACCUUAUCGGCAACUUCCUUCACGUGAUGGAAACUGUUUGCGCUCGUGAGGGAUCCACGCUGUCUAUCACGAUGGGGGUCAAUGCCUUUAGGGGCUUUAUGGACGAGUUCAUGAGCCAGCAUGAGACCGAUAAAGCUAGAACGAAGAGGAAAAAAGACAAAAAGAGAAAGGUGGACGACCCCAUACAAUACAAGGGCCAUAUAUUCAUCCUAUCGAUGAUCAACAUCCCGACGGAGUGUGAGAUCUGCAAGACAUUCUUCAUGUGGCCGAUAGAGCGAUCGCUCAUCUGCCAGUGCUGCAAACUGGCCUCGCACAAGAAGUGCUACAUGAAGGUGAACACGCAAUGUCGGAAGGACUCUGCAGCGAUAGUUGGCGUUCUCGACGUGAGCGGGCGGGAGCAGUACGGGGUCGUCACCAGAGGACUGGUGUUCGGUGUGCCGCUGUGCGAGUUGCCGACCGGCGACAGCAACAUUCCCAUAGUGGUGGACAGACUCAUCACCACCAUUGAGAUGACGGGCCUCUACAACGAGGGGCUCUACCGAAAAAGUGGACUCAGUUCAAAGGUUCGCGAACUCCGACGUCUACUAGACGAGCGGCCGGAAGAGGGCGUGGAGCGGUUAGACACGUACGCGGUCCACGUGCGGGCGUCGGUACUGAAGGGCUUCUUCAGGGACUUGCCUGAGCCCUUGCUCACCUUUGACCUUUACGACGACUUCAUCCUCGCCGCCGACAUCACUGAUCCACAGGAAAGGGUAUCAAGCAUAUUCACGAUACUAAAAAAGCUGCCGAAGCCGAACUUUGAUUUGGUAGAGAGGUUGAUAUUCCACCUGGCCAGAGUAGCACUACGAGAAAGUCACAAUAGGAUGGGUCCGAACGCGCUGGCGAUCGUGUUCGCGCCCUGCAUCCUGCGCACGCGCAAGGUGCAGCCGGCGCAGGACUCGCUGCACGACAUCAACAAGCAGACCACCUGUCUCGAGACCAUUCUGCAGGACAAGAUGCGCACUGUGCGCGGAAUGCUGGCGGACAUCGCAACGCUGGAGGACGCGUACUACACCGCCACAGACAGACUGAGCACGCAGCGCUCCACCUCCGCCUCCUCGCGGCCCGACGACCAGAUCCUGGUGGGCCACAUCCACGAGAUACAGAAGGAGAAGGCCAUCCUCACCUCGCAUCUGCCCACGCUCAUCAGGGCGACGUCGGACGACGACCUGCUGUCGACGACGGACCACGACGGCGAGUUCGGCAGCUCCGACGACCUCAGCACCGCCGCCUCGCUGCGCUCCCAGCGGCUGCUGCACCGCCAGCUGUCCUCCGACGACCCCAUCAUGGUCUAGUCUGGGUAACGGCAGCCAUACAACUGGUGCCAGUGAUCAGGGUUGUCACUAAAUUCGAAAAAUGUGAUACUUCGUUAUUAUUGUCCAAGCCCUUGAUUUCGCUCUCGUUGCGUUAUAUGAGGCAAUGAGAGCUGGUAGGCGCUCUCAAUUUUUUUCCUGUACUUUUCACCUCACGGAGGCGUUUGAAAUUCGAAACUUCACAAACAUUUAGGUGGGAAAAUCAUAAAAGCAUUGAUCUUUUUUUUAUUUUUACAAAACAAGAAAGAGAAACGCGUAUUAGAAAAAUACAAGAAGAAACAGGACAGAUGGUGUAUACUCAAAUAUUUAAUUACUUCGAUCUAUAUUAUAGUAUAUAUAUUCUUACGAAACCAGUUCUUUUGACGUCAUUUUAAAGAGUGAUUGUAUUGUCUGAAAAUUUUCUCAAGAAGUGGAUGAGGAUUAGUUGCAAUACAUUCCCAAAGAUAAAUGAGAUUAUUGAAUAAAAAUCUUUAUCUAAAUGUUAUUAUGAUUGCCAAGAUAAGUAUAACAAACCAAAUUAAUCUGGUUGCUGUGUAAAAAUGUUGUAUUUGAGAUUAUAAUCAGGUGGAAAACACAUUAAAAAAAUUAAAGCAUGUGACGUGCGAGCAUCCCUUUGUAAUUUAUUUUUUCUUUUAUGUAUUGGGAUGGACGUGUAAUGUGACUUGAUCUUAGUUUUAUUACAUACCACAAAAUUACUGUUUCAAAACUUCUUGCCAUUUGUGCUAGAGACAUUUAGAAUCGAAUUAGUAAUAAACUGGUAUUUUUGGCCAAUGUAAGAGCGAUGUAUGUUGUUAUGAGGCAUAGAUCUAUUAGUGUAGAGCGACGACCUCAGGUCGCCGCCGAGCCAUGGAUAACUUGUACUUAACUUUUAGCGAUGAGCUUAUUGCGUAGAGUACUGAGUACGCCCCAACCGGUACCUUCGACCGCGUCUGUGACCUCUACACAGACGCGAAUAUAUAUUUCUUAUUCGUAUGUUAAUAUAUAAUAAAAAAUCAUCUACCCACUGACAUACUAUUUUAUGAUAUAUUUUCAUUGUAAAUAUGUAAAUCUUAAAUGUUUUAAUUGUAGUAUAUUUUUUCUACUGAAUUAGUUUCAUCAAAUUAUAUUCUUACUGCUAACAUUAUUUAAUUUUUCUUUUAACUACGCCAAAUUUAGAAUUAGUGUCAAAUUGUGAUUAUAUUGGUCUGUUUACCUAAUAAAUAAUUGGUAUAUUUAAGUGUCCUAAAAAUUUCGUUUAGAGAUGCAAAUCAAAGAUCAAAUUACAGAUAAAAGGCCAAAUUAGAACAUUCUGAAAAUAAGAUUUGUUGUAACAGAUAAUUAUAAUAUCCAUUUCGGAAAUUUUAUUUUUUGUUUUUGAAGUGUAAUAAAUCAGUAGAAGCUAUCAUAAUUUUACAAUACUUGAAGAAUCUUUUCCGCCAUGUCGUUGCUUCCACUGUGAAAAGAGUCCUUUCUAAUGUGACAUUACAUUUCUCAUCAAACUUGUUCAGUUUUCCUAGCACCCUACCUGUCACAAUUUUAGUUAUUUCUAGUGAUAAAGUUUACUUCCCUCAAAUGAUGUUUGUCUAAUAGAUGUGAACUACAUAAAUUAAACCAUUUUGAAUAAUAUAAUUUGAAGUUGUCUAAAUAUUAAUAGUAUUCUUCAACAUAAUAAAAAGUCAAUUUUUAGUUCACCAAUAUUCCCGUUACAUUAACUUCAUAUGAUUCACUAUUUUUGUAUUCCAAAAGACUGUCUACUGUUAAGCUAUUGAAUUUAUCUUUAUAUAAGUCACAAAUGUUUUUACCUGCUCUAUAUUAGUUUGUAACUAUUCAAACAACGAAUUAUCUCUGUGAAAUCAAUUUAUGAUUUGAACUUGUUACUAAGAACGCUUGUAUGAGAUAUUUAUAGCUCAAUUUUUGUAAGUUAACUAUGUAGGUUUAAUUUUAUUUCAGCAAUAUAUGUUUUUGUUUUUUAUAUUGGUUAGUAUGUUUAUUAUAAUUCAUUGACACUUCCUUGACCACAAGCCACCACUUCUUUUUAAUAUUUAUUUUAAUUCAAACUUGAGUUUAUAAUUGGUAAAAUUUCCUUUUAGAUGUGCCUAUAUGUUGUUAUAUCGUGUACAUACAAUCCCGUUAUCCUGUUCGCUGGGGUUGUGCCGCAGUAAUCUACUGUAUUUCUGUGCCUUCGACUAGUUUGCUUUCAGCAGUCCAUGUCUACGAAUGUUCAACUGUUUCUCGACUGUUGUUGUUUACAUAAUUAUAGUGUUCUUAUAAUAAUCUCGUACUGUUAACGCGUACUCCGCUUGAAACAUUAUUUUACGUAGUUAUAAAAUUAGUUACUUAAAUACAGGUCUAGUAUCACUAAUUCGAAGGCUCCAUGUUAACAAGUUUCUAUAAGUUAUUAAGUAAAUUGAAUGUGCAAUGUGGCUACAUGUAGCACUAAACACUAGAAGUGUAUGUAGAUAGUGUCGUUCCACGUGAGAAUUAUGUAAAUAUUACUAGUUAAAAUUAGGAAGGUACUAUUUUAAAUUCUUUUUGUAAUUUUUAAUUUAUCAAAGUGCCUAUUUAGACAUCUGUUAUAAUUUCUUGUAAAUUUGAUUUAAUUCACACUAGGUGCCUAUGUAUUUGGACUAUUAAAAUUUUAUCAAAGUUUGUUUUUAUUUGAUAUGCAUAAAAUGUUUUUUACAAGCCCAGAUCUGUUAUCAUAAUAAUGUUGAUUUUUGCAAGGAUGUUGGCAAAAUCGAUUUAUAUGACAAUUCUUAAUAUUAAAGUUAUUACUGAAUAUUUUUUUAAAGGCACUUUACAUUUACAUAGUUGAAACUUUUAGCUUGGUGUCAACUUUCCAACAGCCACAAAAGGAUUACAAAACUACAUUUUGUAUUUAUCUUUUUAAUAGAUAUUUCAAAUUUCUGUAGGUUACCAUGAUUUUAUGGUAGUGCAUGACAAGGUUAUAAAUAUAGAACUGAUGUUGUGGAAGUUUUACUUGAUAUUAUUCGAUAUUUCUAUAGACAUGCUUACUGUGUUUACUGAAUCUAUUCUAUAGUUGUAUUUAUCCUAAGGACCAAUACUAUGCUGUUUACAAAUUGACAUUUUAUAUUCCUGUAUGUUAUUUGACUGUGACGUUAAAUUAAUGAUCUUGUAUUAUAUGACAUGUAUAUUGUUCGUAUUAUUUUUAGGACCCUAUUAUAUCAUUACAAUGAAAUGUAACCAAAACAUUCUACUGUAUACAGAAAUAUAAAAGAAAAAUAAAUAAUUGCUGUGUAAA